UGCUGUUUCAACUUGCUAAUAUCAUACAGUACUUGGGUGUGGAUCUAGAGAAAGCAAACACAAUAUAGCUAUACUAAACAAAGUGCAGUGUACGUUGGGAGUUGUUUUACAGUACCCUGGCCCUUCCAAUACGCUCAGUUUUUUCGGAGGUAAGUUCAGACAAGGUAGUUUUCGGACUUACUGGGGAUGCUUUUACACAACUUUUAGGUUCCUUGUCUUCACUUCCUUUCAUUCUCCUUUCACCAACGGCGAGAGAGCGACACACGGGAGGCGACGGCAGGGGCGGCAGUAUCUCUGCUCUUUCACCAAUUUGGAUCUGCUCGAUUUCGGGUGUUGCUCAGUUUCUUCUUCGGAUCUGCAAGAUCAUGGCCGAAUCACUGCUUCUCCCUUUGGUGCGCGGUGUGGUCGGCAAGGCCACAGACGCGCUCGUCCAGACCGUGACCCGCAUGUGUGGCCUUGACGACGACCGCGAAACGCUGGAGCGCCAUCUGCUAGCUGUGGAGUGCAAGCUGGCCAACGCGGAGGAAAAGAGCCAGAAAAAUGCCUACCUCAAGAGCUGGAUGGAGAAGCUCAAGUCCGUUGCCUACGAGGCCGACGACAUCCUCGACGACUUCCAGUACGAGGCACUGCGUCGUGAAGCCCAGAUCGGCAAGUCCACUUCCCUCAAGGUACUCGGCUACAUCACGCGCCGCAGCCCGCUGCUCUUCCGUUUUGCCAUGAGCAGGAAGCUCAAGGGAGUCCUUGAGAAGAUCAAUAAGCUAGUCAACGAGAUGAACAAGUUUGGCCUUGAGAAUUCUGUCCAUCAGCAGGAGCCCCAACUUCCUUGGCGGCAGACUUACUCCAAACUGGAUGAGUCUACCGACAUCUUUGGAAGAGAUGAUGACAAGGAGAGGGUGGUGAAGCUGCUGCUAGACCAGCAAGAUCAGCAGAAGGUUCAGGUGCUGCCCAUCUUUGGUAUGGGAGGUCUUGGCAAGACGACACUUGCUAAGAUGGUGUACAAUGACCAAAAAGUCCAGCAGCAUUUCCAGUUGAAGAUGUGGCACUGCGUGUCAGACAAUUUUGAUGUUUCUGCUAUUGUGAAAUCCAUCAUUAAAUUGGCUAAUGGAACUUGUGACCAGGCUGACAGCAUCGAACUAUUGCAGAAGAAACUUGGCGAAGUCAUUGGCCAGAAGAGGUUUUUUCUUGUUCUUGAUGAUGUAUGGAAUGAAGAAAAGAAGUUGUGGAAGGAUGAACUGAAGCCACUGUUGUGUUCUGUUGGUGGACCAGGAAGUGUCAUAGUGGUCACAUGUCGAAGCAAGCAAGUGGCCUCUAUAAUGCAAACAGUUGAUCCCGUUGAGCUAGCAUUUCUGAGUAAAGAAGAUUCAUGGGAAUUGUUUUCAAACAAAGCAUUUAGCAAUGGUGCAGAGGAGCAAACAGAGUUAGUCACAAUCGGAAAACGUAUUGUCAACAAAUGCGGGGGGCUGCCUCUUGCUCUGAAGACAAUGGGUGGUUUGCUGAGUUCAAAGCAACAGGUACAUGAAUGGAAGACCAUUGAAGAAACUAACAUUGGGGAUAAUGUUGGAGGCAAAUAUGGGGUCAUGCCCAUACUGAAGUUAAGCUACAAAUACCUGUCAUCUGAAAUGAAGCAAUGUUUUGCAUUAUGUGCAGUUUUCCACAAGGAUUAUGAGAUGGAGAAGGAUAUGUUGAUCCAACUAUGGAUGGCAAAUGGCUUUAUUCAAGCAGAGGGAACAAUGGAUUUAACUCAGAAAGGGGAAUUCAUAUUUCAUGAAUUGAUUUGGAGGUCCUUCCUACAAGAUAUGAAAGCUGCAGCCAAAUCUGCUGGCUAUGCUAGUGAUAGAGCAUAUGGGACAAUUGUAUGUAAAAUGCAUGACUUAAUGCAUGACUUAGCCAAAGAUGUUAGCAAUGAAUGUGCCACCAUAGAAGAAUUGAUUGAACAGAAAUCAUUGGUAAAAAAUGUCUGUCACCUUCAAAUGUCAGAGGUUGAAUUGGAAAAGACUUCCAUGUUGUUUGAUGGCAAAACAUCUCUCCGCACUUUGUUAGCUCUUUCAUGGAUGCAGCAGGAUUUUAAACGACUGCCACAUGUAUCAUUACGAGCAUUGCAUUGGCUGGGUUCUAGAACCAGUUUGAAAGCCAUAAAUGCAAAACAUUUACGGUACCUUGACCUCUCACAUUGUAGCGUCAAUUCUACAUUGCUCGAUUCAUUAUGUUUAUUGUAUAACAUGCAAACUUUGAGGCUCAAUUAUUGCGAGGGGCUACGACAGUUUCCAGAAGACAUGGUGAUGAGCCUGAGAAAGCUCAUACAUAUUUAUCUUUAUGGAUGUUCUAGUCUGGAGCGGACGCCUCGAAACAUUGGUCAGCUGAACAACCUUCACACACUAACAAGAUUUAUUGUGGAUACAAGAGAUGGUUGUGGUAUUGAGGAGCUCAAAGACCUGCGACACCUUAGCAACAGGUUGGAACUGUAUAGCUUGAGAAAAAUAAAGAGUGUAAAUCAUGCAAAAGAAGCCAAUCUCCAGCAGAAGCAAAAUCUGAGUGAGUUGUUGUUCUGUUGGGGAAGAAGUGUUCUCUGCUCGUCUAGACAGGAAGAAAAUGAGGCAUGUAAUGAGGAAGAAGUAUUCCAGCAUCUAGAACCUCAUAGCAAGAUCAAAAAAUUUGAGUUGUAUGGAUAUGGUGGCCCAGAAAUACCACGAUGGAUGAGAGAUCCUCAGAUGUUUCAGUGCUUAAGAAAACUCACCAUUUCCAACUGGACAAGGUGUAAGAAUAUACCUGUAGUAUGGCUCUCACCCUCACUGGAGUUCUUACACUUGAACAACCUGGGUAAACUGAAGACAUUGUGUGAUAACCUUUGCAUAGAAGGUGGAGGACGCAGUACCCCUCUACAGAUUUUCCCGAAGUUGAAGGAGAUGGUCUUGGAACAGCUACCUAGUCUAGAGGGAUGGGCAGAAAACAGUGCGGGUGUGGCCACUGAUAGCUCAGUAAUAUUCCCGGUGUUUGAGAAGCUAGUAAUCACCCGCUGCCCUAAGGUUGCAAGUUUUCCACUGAGCCCCGUUCUCAAAGACCUGAGAUUAGUGGGAUAUUACUUGGAGGUGGAGUAUUUACCAAGGUUGCGUACAUCCCUUGAAAUUUUGUGGAUUCAAUGCUUCGAAGGUUUGGUAGCGCUGCCUUCGAACCUUGGAGAUCUGGCAAAGCUGAGGGAGCUACGGGUGCAUAGCUGCAGGAGUCUGGAAGGGUUGCCUGAUGGGAUGGAUGGCGUCACUUCUCUCCGGGAGCUGGUAAUCACUCAUUGUCGAGGGAUAGAGGAAUUCCCGAAUGGUCUCCUUGAGCGGUUGCCAGCCCUUGACUACCUAACCAUAGUGGGCUGCCCCGAGUUGCAAAGACGAUGUAGAGAAGGAGGGGAGUAUUUCCACCACUUGGUCCCUAUCCCAUAUAAACGCAUUCCAGCAGAAUCAGUAGCAGAACCAGAAUCAGAAUCCAGCGAAAAGAGGUUUCCAAGAAGGCUCCUCCCCUGCUGUGUUCACUCAAAGUCUGACUCUGAGUCUGAUAAUAACUGAGGAUAACCAGAAGUAUGGUUCCAGCAGCGACCGCUGGUUCCUCCUGGGAUCAGGUUACAUCAGCCCAACUUGCAAGCAGAGCUCGGCCAUGAAAACUUUAAUUUCAUCUCUCAUUUCUCUGACCAAAUAUAUUUCCUCCAGCGCUCAAGGUGAUUGGUCCAUUUAGAAGGUACUGUACCUGUACGCUCCAUCUCUGCUUAAUUUCAUCCUGAAUUGUCCUCAAAUCAACUCAGCACAAUACUUGAACUAGCGAAACAUCUGUUCUGCAUCAUAAAUCAGUACUUAAUCUGAGAUGAUGACAAAAUGCUUUCACCAUCACAGAAAUUGGUUAGCAGACUAGAUACUGAUUUCAUGUCUGUCAGGAAUCAAGUGCUGUAUGAUAGUCAUCUGCAACGCCAUUUAGUUGUUAAACAAACGAGCUCAUUUUCCAUGCUUACUAAUUGAUGGAUACAUUCCUUGGUAUACAAAAAUUAUCUUGCUUUGGACUCCUGUCAGAAUUCAGAUACCACCUUUUGAUGAUAGAGAGUCAGGAAGACCCAAGCUGCGAAGCAAAUCCGCAUGAAUGUUUACCCUGCCUGCAGGUUGCCAUCUCUGAAAGCAUCCACAAAAUGAAGGAAGCAACGCCAUGCCAGACAAGCAAAGUCAGAACUCCAUCAACACGGUAUGUGAUGAAUGUUGUCUGAAAGUAGAUGCAACAAUGGGAAGUGGUAGAUCAUGCUGUGGCCGUCGUCGUGUUCCCUACAAAUUUUCUCCACGUGUGUGUGUCCGUGCAGACAGAUGUCUUGAUCCAGUUUCUCUACAUGUAGGAGUAGAUGUCAGUGCGAAUUUGUAUUUCCCUGUAAAUUUGUAUCUGUCUGUCUGCCUGGUAACCUGACAUGUGAGUGAGAGCGUUUGUGUGUGUUUGUGUGCGUGUCGUUGUUGGGCAUUGGUGUGUGUGGUGCGUGGGGUGUAUAAACCCAGGCGCUUGUUGAGUGUUUCGUCAGUCAAGGAAAUAGCAAGCUCUUAAUCCCCCUGUCUCCUUCACAAUGAUCGUUCUCUUGCAAACUCUGGCAAACUGCAACGUGGAAGGAGAACUUACAGAUGAUCCUUCACAAUAUAUUUUGCUGUAAUAACAUAAAGUCUUCUGAUCUCGUUAUGAAUAUUUUUUGAAACAUAAAGUCUGAACU